AUGGGGAGCCCAGAGAACCAGGGGCAGAUGGUCUCCAUUAUGAACCUGCCCGAUGUGACAGCCCAUGAUUUUGAGAAGGUCGACCUCUCCCAGUACAAGUGGAUCCACUGGGAGGCCCGGAACGCGGCAGAGCAGGUGGAAAUGAUGCGGCGGGUGGAGCGGCACAACCGGUCCCGAGAGGCGGGAGAGCGGGUCCGCACCUCGGUGGAGGUGGAGAACCCCGAGGCUCUGCGGGGGCUGCGCAGCCGCGUGCGGCCGGGAGCCACGCUGAUCUGCGCCUGGGCUGAGGAGGGGGCCGAUGCCGUGGGGCCCAACGGGGAGCUGCUGCACUCGGAUGCCUUCCCCCCAGAGACCCUUGUGGACACACUGGGGGCUGGGGACACCUUCAACGCUGCAGUCAUCUUCGCGCUCUCAGAAGGGAAGAGCCUGCAGGAUGCCCUGACCUUCGGCUGCCAGAUUGCAGGCAGAAAAUGCGGGAUCCAGGGCUUCGAUGGCAUCGUCUGA